UCGUGCAUUAGUCGUCUCAUUUGUUCUUUUUAACAUUCUUCAAUUUAUUUUCCCUUCUCUUUGUGAUGUACAUGGACAAGGCUCUAGAGACUCCAGUGUAUAGACUCUGCUUCACACCAUAGACUCUAGAGAGAGAGAGAAACACAAAAACUAAAGAUUAUCUUCUUCUGUUGUGUCUACAAACAACUUUUUCUACUGAUUUUGAAUAAAAAUUAGCAGAGAAGAAAACCCCCAUCUCCGGUAGAAAAAAAAAAUGGAGGACAAUGGUAUGAUUCAUGGAAAUCUUGAUCCUAGAGCCCAAGAAUUUACACCAACAUAUCCAUUUAACCAACCCCACAACAACAACAGUAAUUUUUUGCCUGUAUUUCCCAACCAAUUUUACUACCCUUACUCAUGUCCUCCACCACCACUACCACCGCCACUACCAUACGGUGAUGUUGCAGGCGUGCCACUACUCCGUCCGGCGUACGUUAGCACAAAUCCACCUGUGCCCACGCCUAUUUUGCCACCACCAAGUUCAAUGUCUACAAGAACUUUAUUGUUAUGUAUGGUCCCUGUUGAUGUGAGUGAGUCUAUUAUUAGAAGGGAUUUAGAAGUAUUUGGGGAUGUAAGAGCUGUGCAAAUGGGAAGAGUAAGAGAAGGGAUUGUAACGGUUCAUUUCUAUGAUUUAAGGCACGCGCAGGCGGCGUUGAUGGAGAUUCAACAACAACACAUGCAGCAACAGAUGCGUUUAAGAAGGCAUUAUUAUGACUCUAUUAAUAAUCAUAAUUCUCUUCCUCCACUUCCUCCACCGGCGGCGCGUGGACUCAUUGCUGGUAGAGCUGUUUGGGCUCAGUUCACUUUUCCGGUCACUUCUGCUCUUGUUGAUGGGAAUAACCAAGGGACACUUGUCAUUUUCAAUUUGUCCUCUCAAACUUCUACUGAUUCACUUACUGAUAUAUUCCAAGCUUUUGGGCAUGUGAAGGAAUUGAGAGAGACACCAAUGAAGAGGCAUCAAAGAUUUGUGGAGUUUUAUGAUGUUAGAGAUGCAGCAAGGGCGUUGAUAGAGAUGAAUGGUAAUGAUCUAAAUGGGCAGCAAUUGCUGAUUGAAUUCAGCAGGCCAGGUGGAAAUAACAGUAGAAGAUUCUCAAGAGCUUUUCAAUAUUCUUCACCUAACAAAUUCAACAACAAUUACUCUUCAAGAAUAGCGCCGUCAAACUCUUAUAUAAGACCUGAGAGGGUAUACAACACUUCACAAUCCCACCAAUUUCAAAAUCAGAAAUCAAAUUAUGUUAAAGGAAACCCUAGUGGAUGUAGCGGAAGUGAGAGUUCAGGUACUACUGGUGGGUCAGUUAAAGAAUCAUUAGCUUCUUUGUGUAUAUCAAAUAUUAAUAAUAAUAUUAGGCCUGGGAAGAAGAAGAAUGGCCAAAAAUGUGAGAUUAACACAAGUGCAAGUAGUAGCAGUACCGUGGCAAGUUGUUCCCCAAAGCGUCCACAAAAAAUGUUGCAUCAAACAAAUAGCAGCGGUAGUAGGCCAUGGAAGAUUAGCUGGUCAUCAAAGCAGUCAAAAGAUUAUGACCCUCGUUUUCUAAUUAAAGAAGAUGCCAUUAUGGAAUCAAAUUGCAGAGAUUCCAGAACUACUGUCAUGAUCAAAAACAUACCAAACAAGUACAGUCAGAAGCUGCUGCUGAACAUGCUGGACAACCACUGCAUUCACUGUAACGAGCAGAUUGCCGACGGCGAUGAUCAGCCAAAAUCCUCCUAUGAUUUCGUUUAUCUUCCCAUCGAUUUCAUUAACAAGUGCAACGUGGGAUACGGAUUCGUGAACAUGACUUCACCGCAGGCAACGUUGAGACUGUACAAGGCUUUUCACCUUCAAAAUUGGGAGGUCUUCAACUCCAGAAAAAUAUGCCAAGUUACUUAUGGUAGAUUACAGGGAAUUGAAGCAUUGAAAGAGCAUUUCAAGAACUCAAAAUUCCCAUGUGAAGCUGAUGAAUACAUGCCAGUGAUUUUCACACCACCUCGAGAUGGUAAGUUAUUAUCAGAGCCUAAUCCUAUUGUGGGACGUGGCAUUAAAUCACCGUUACUCCUCUCUUCAUCUUCCGCCGUCGCUUCCGAGGAAGAAGAAGAAGAUGAUAAUGAUACACUUGAAAAUGGUUAUAAUAUCAUUAAUACAAGUAAUGAUGAAGCACCAAGAAACGGCGGCAGUGAUGAAAAUUAUGAUGUGGGUAGUAAUCAUGAUUCUUCAACAUUUUCUACUUCUGUCUGCAUGUUGGCGUCUUCUGCUAAUUAAAAGAUUUAGAGCAGUAGUGUUGUGGUGUGUUUAAUGAAAAUGUGAAAGAAGAAGAAAAUCGAGCACAUUCCCAAGUGAAGUGAUGAAAAGAGAAAGAAGAAACAGCCAGCUUGCUAGCACCCAAUGGGUUUGCGUGUAAAUCUCUUUCAACUCACUGCCUCGGGGGAAGAUCCCUUCCUUUCCUUCCUUUCAGUCAUACUCAAAUACCUGUGUAUUUCUAGCUUAGCUUUUUUACUAAUUUCCCUAUUUUCUUUCCCCCCUCUUUUAUCGGUAUAAAAGAACUAGAAAAAAUUUCAAUCCUUUUUCUUUUUUCUUUUCCGAAGAUGUGCAUCUUUUCUUUUGCUUUGCUUUGUUCACUUGGUCAAUAUUUUGUUUUCCAUUUCUUUAUAAAGAUGUUCUGAUGGAUAUGUAUUUUCAAAAUGACUU